AUGGUUGAACCCAGGCUUUCCUUUUCAUCUCGCGGUCCUCAACGCAUUCCCAGAUUUAGGAGAUAUACGGUGACCCCUAAUACACCUCGAGCCGGAAUAGAGUUUCUCGACCUAACUGGCAUCGAAGUACAAAAACGAUGUGCUGGGCCACCAGUCCACAAGAUCACAGUCGGUGCUGCAGUUCUGCGCCAUAGCCAUGACUCGCAAAGAGACACCCAAAUUCUACUUCUGAAGCGUAACUCGCACGAGAAGUACUACCCGAACGUGUUCGAAAUGCCUGGAGGCAAGUUCAACACUGGUGAAAAUCUCCGUGCUGCCCUAACACGAGAGGUCAAUGAAGAGUCUGGCCUAGUGGUCUCUGGGAUUCUAACGCCUCCUGCUACACUCAGCUACACCGCGACGAAGACUGCAAAGAGUCCGAUGACCGGGGAUGAGGAAGUCAUUCAUCGCUACGCCCAACAAUUCAGCUAUGUUGUCACGAUUGAAGGCGAUGGCUCAGAAUCCCGCGUUCGUCAGGCCGAACACUCUAAAGGGUCAUGGUUCGGUGUCUCCGACCUUUCAAACAUCCCAAUGACAGGUGAGAUGAGAAAUCUUGUUGUCCAGGCACUCUCGGAGAAUAAGGACUGCACACACAAUGCCUAA